CUGGGUAAACGGAAGGAAUGUUGUGCUUUGCGAAUUGGUAAACGGCGUGUGCUACAUUUGCUCUGCCGAUUGCGAAAUCGCAAUAGGGAAACCGUUUGCCAGAAUAUACCAUGACCAUGCAGACAACGCUCGUUGUCAUAAAUGCAACAAGAUUUUUGCAUGUAAGUGCGGAAACACAAGCAAUCUGUCAAAGCAUCUUUCAAAAGUGCAUUACGUGCAGACAGAAAUGCAAAGUUUUCGACUGCCUGACUAGCUCUUCUCUGGUGGUUGCCAGAUCUAGCUGCAGCUACUAUGAACCAACCAAAUCCUCCUAAUACCUCUGGUCUAAGACAAGCCCAAAGCCCCUUCACCCUGGUGGGAGGAUGCCUGAGGAGAGGGUGAAUGACUGCCACUUAGCCUUGACCAAGUUCAUAGUGAAAGGCUGGUUUUAGGUAACAGUCUGUCAAUAUACAUUACACAGUAUAUAGUUAUAUUAAUUUUUAGGAUAUAGAUGCAUUAUAAAAAGGGUUGUAUUUUGGCUUCAUCAUGCCACAAUACAAUAAACAACAACACAAUUUAAUAAUGAUAAAAUAAAAAAUUAUAAUUGUUUUUACUGUAGAGUAUUGUGCAGGGCACUCAACCCUAAAUAUACCCCUUCUUCCAGAAGUUAUCUCAGUGACACAUUAAUUCCUUCCUGGUAUGGUGUUGAAAAGGCCAAUGUGAUCAGUGAGCUGAAAGAUGUGCCAAAGCUGGCCAUCACAUCAGAUGGGUGGACCAGCCUCCGGCAAGAUCACUAUCUCACAGUUACAGUGCACUGCACAAGCCAGGGCCAUGUAAAACAGAAGGUCCUCCACACCAGGGCAAUGUACAAAUCACAAACUGGUGAAGUAGUGGCCGAGGAGAUCUCAGACAUCCUGGAAGAGUUUGGGAUAGAUCCGAGCAAGAUUGUAUCUGUGACUGUUGAUAAUGCUAGCAAUAUGGAUAUUGCUAUCAGGAAGCUACAGAUCCUAAAAACAGGAUGUUUUGCACAUACAUACAACCAUUGAUUAAUGGGCAGCCCGAAUCAGAGCAGUGGUCGUGUGGUUCAAGAGAUCCUCCAUGUCUGAAACAGUUUUGACAGAAAAGCAACAGCUCCUUGGCCUUCCACAACACUCAUUCAUCCUGGAUGUCAAAACCAGGUGUAACUCUCUAUAUCUAAUGAUAGAGAGAUUUAUGGAGCAGUUUCCAGCAAUCCAAGCAGCAGCCUUGGACUCACGACUGCAAAAAGCAUUGUACAAGGACAACCUGGACCGUCUGAAAGAUGAUCAUGAGAAUCCUUUAUACAUCCACGAAAUCGCAAUAGGGAAGUCAUGUGAAAAGAAUGCCGCCUGUGGACAGAUCUUACCCAUCCUUCAAAAACUGGAAGAACAUUUUACUCUGAAGGAUGAGGAUACCAUGUUUGUGGCAUCAAUGAGGUCGAAGAAAUGGAUGAGUCAAGUUCAUCUGCAGCUUCCGAUGGUGUCAAAAGCACAAAAACACCCACUCAAAGAUGCAGCAAUCCUUACCAGCCGGUUCUGAAAUCAUGCACCUGAAAUCUUUUUGGAGGGAGAGAGAGAUGUUUUUCGGCCGCUUGGUAUAAGUCACGGCCGUGGCUUGAAUAUUCUGUAGAUCGCGAUGCAUGCUUUUGUUUUUGUUAACAUUUUUAGUUUGUAACAAAUUUGUUCUAGUUGAUGUAAAUAGUUGGUAUAAAAGAACUGCCCAUUUUUUAACAAAACCCAAUUCUUACAGUUCAUGCUUCACUCAAGUGACAGGUUUGUUCUAGUUGAUGUAAAUAGUUGGUUUAAAAGAACUGCUAAUUUUUUAACAAAACCCAAUUCUUACAGUUCAUGCUUCAAUCAAGUGACAGGUUUGUUCUAGUUGAUGUAAAUAGUUGGUUUAAAAGAACUGCCACUUCUUUAACAAAACCCAAUUCUUACAGUUCAUGCUUCACUCAAGUAACAGGUUUGUUCUAGUUGAUGUAAAUAGUUAUUUUAAAAGAACUGUCCAUUUUUAACAAAACAUUACAAGAAUAAACCCAAUUCUUACAGUU